UAGCAUGUGUUGAAUAGAGAGUUUGUUGUUUGAUAUGGAGCUAGCUUUUGCUAGUUAGCAGCAUGCUACCAUUACUGCGAGUCAAGUCGUUUGGAGCCGAUGUUUACUUGAAGGCUGUUGUAUCACGAAGAUAUAUUUGCAAACAUUCGCUCGAGUUUCAUGAAACUGCAACAAAAGGGAGUUGAAUGUGGUGCAUCGUUGUUCAGCUACUGUCCUGUAAGUGCUGCUGCUGGGAUGGGCCAGCAGAUCUCAGGUCAGGUGGUGAAUCGUCUGCCUGAGAAGGUGGUGAAACACAUGGGACUGGUCCGUGACAGUGGUUACGUCACCUAUGAAGAGUUUCUGGCCAGAGUGGCUGAACUUAACGAUGUUACAGCCAAGCUAGCUGCUGGACAGCAGAAGCACCUGCUGUUUGAGGUGCAGCCAGGAUCUGAUGCAACAGCCUUGUGGAAGGUAGCUGUCAGGGUUGUCUGUACCAAGAUCAACAAAGAGAAUGGUAUGGUUGAAGCAUCACGCAUCAUGAAUCUGUACCAGUUCACCCAGCUCUACCGUGACAUCACCAGUCAGGCUGCUGAGGUGCUGUCUGCAGAAGGCACCACUGAGGGUCCUUCUGCACAGCUUCCAUCGACGGACUCCUGCCAGGCCAGCAUGUGGAUGGGCAGAGUGAAGCAGUUGACUGAUGAAGAGGAGUGCUGCAUCUGUAUGGAUGGAAAGGCUGACCUUAUCUUGCCGUGUGCACACAGCUUCUGUCAGAAGUGCAUUGAUAAAUGGAGUGGUCAAAGCAGAAACUGCCCAAUAUGCCGUCUGCAAGUGACUGCUGCCAAUGAAUCUUGGGUAAUGCCUGACUUCCCCACAGAGGAUGACAUAGCAGGUUAUAUUCUCAACCUGGCCGAUGAAGCUGGCCACCCACACAGGCCUUAACACAGAACACUGAGCUAUUCAGGCUUCAAGGGAAAUGAAACGGUACCAUGUAGACUGCAACACACAAUGUCACCUUUCACUGACAAGGAAUUUCAAAAAACUGAUAAGAGGCACAUUUAAAACAAAAACCUUAGUUCUACAGAACACUUCUUUUCAAGCUUAUCGUACUGAAGAAGUUAUAAGAGCAGAGCUUUAAUGAGGACACGUCUGAGCUUCUGUCCCUGCAGUGAAGUCUCACAUUAAAACUUAACCCAUCAAUAUACUUAUACACCACAAAGGUUUGAUGUAUGUGUCACAGUUGUAACAAAGUAGUCGGUAAUAUUUAUUGCAUUUUUUUCAGAUAUGAAAUGUGUGCUGUUGACUGUACUGCACGCCAUACAGAUAUCCAAGUCACUCUUUUACAGAAAGGGAAUUGUGUGUCCAAUAUAUUCUAAAUAUGGAAGGUUAUCCCAAAAAAUAUAGACUUGUAUUUUAAUUUAAAAUAAAAUUUUAAAA